AGAAGGUAGAAAACUGGACACAAGCGGGAGGCUGGAGGAAAUGGUGGAGUGAAACAAAGAAAAUGUAGGCUGGCAAAUGUCGAAGCUUUGUGGGACUUCAAAGCCAAACUAUGCAGAAAACGUGGAAAGCGAAACCGGAAGUAACACGGAAAGUACGUUAAGCUAAAAAUAACUGUCACUGAGUUCAAACACCAGCCAAUGCCAGCUGGUAGUUUUGUGACGCAUGCCUUGAUGGUGCCAGAGUCAAAGUUUGACACACCGAGACAGAGACGAAGAGGCAAAGACAGAGACGCACAGAGGGAGAAGGAGAAGAGAGAAAAGGGGUCACAUGACAUGUCGAGGUUCAGCCUCUGACUGAUGGCGUCGACAGAACUGACGUUUUGGCUGGAAAGCAUCAGGCAGUGGUACCCGGAUGUGCUUAACAAUUGUUACUUCGUCCCCCCUCUUCAUUUCUGCCACGAGAGCCUCGCGGUGUCCACGGUGUGUGGUCAGCAGGCUGUAGUGCACGUGCCGGUGUCGGAUGACGACCCCAACCACAGAGUGCAGAACCCACAAACGGCAUUACCACAGCCCGGACCAAGUCACACCCCACAGACGAGGUGGCGGCCCACGGCGUGCUGCGUGUGGUCAGACACAGCGGCCCACUUUAACCACAGAGUAACCCAGGUCUGCGAUGCCAACUUGCGAGAUGACGUGGCCCAUCAGCGGGUACUAAGCGGCCUUCGUGCCCUGGCAGAUGACCAGCACGAGGUCAUGAUGGUGAUAUCGCAACUCCGAUUCGAAAACUACCUCAACAAGCUUUGCAAGGAGAAACUGUCCCCCAGUGCCUCCCCCUACCCUCGGGCCAACAGUCUCCAGGACACGCGGCUUCACAAAGGUGAGGUCGACAUCCUCAUCCUCCACCGGCGACACGGGCUGGUCGUUGGAGAGGUCAAGAGUGUCGGCGCCAACUGGACGCAGCUGCCGUGUUCCGAGCGAGACAAGAGUCGAAGUCUGGGGACCAGGGUCGCCAAAGCAGUUUUUCAGUUAAACAGGACGGAGACGGUGCUGCGCCAUUUUGUCUCCGACAUGGCCGCCGAUUUGAGGAUCAAGAAAAUUCUUUUUUUGCCAAAUGUCACCCAAGAAGUCAUGUUGAAGUUUCUGAAAGAAGGUGGACAUACCCAGGUAGCAAAGGCGUUGAUGGAGUGUAUGGGUGUGUCGACUAUCGAGGAAGCUGUAGACGCAUGCGUGCUGGCCAAGCAGCUACCCACGAGCAGUCAGCCCUGGCAGUGCACGGCAGCCACCCGGUGCGAGCUGCAGCGAUGGUGGUCCAGGUGGGUGACAAGUGGUGAGUCACACCAGGACAUGUCCCCAGGGUCGUACGAAGAGCUAGUAGCCAGAUUCUGCGGUCCUGCCACGACGAUCGAAGUUCACACAGUGCUGAAGCCUCGGGUAGAAGUCCGCACAAUGGGAGGCGGGGUGGCGGAGACUGGGGAGAGGCUGGCUCGUCUGACCCUAACCCCGAGGCAGGUGGACCUGCUAAGCCGAGCGCCACCCCUGGUGUACCUGACGGGCCCACCCGGCACGGGCAAGACGGUGGUGCUGGUGCUGGCGGGGCUGCGGUGGCUGCGGGAGGGCCACGACGUGCACGUGGUCAGCACGUGGCGCGAGAGCCGCGUGGCGUCCUACCUCAUACAACAACAGCUGCUGAGGACGCUGACCGCCCACGGAGACGUCCCUCAACGACCGAGAGUGGUCAGGCAUGGCUACAACAUCUCCAGCAGGCAGUCGCUGGACGAGGCCGUGUCACACCUGUCCGCCAUGGCCACCGACGACAGGUGUCUGUAUGUCCUCGCCGACGAGGCUGGGCCCGACUUGAGCAACCUGUUUCAAGACUUCUGUACCAAGCUGCUGACCACGGUGCCCGGACUCCACCUGUGGGCAGCAGCCAUUCGCCAGGGGCACAGACCGACCCUCCUGCACCUGGAGACGCUGACCCACCCGCUGCGGUGUCCACCCUCCGUGGUGAGGGAGGUGCAGCAGGCGGAGGAGAUGCAGAACAACGAUGUCUUGCAGUACGCCGAUGACGUGACCCUGACCUCACCCACCGAUGGCCCGACCGUGACCUGGCUACUCCAUGGAGGUCAGCAACAUGGCGGCGCACACCCGGAGUACUGCGAGGAGUGCGGCAUGGCCACCGCCGACUAUCUACGAAAUAAACUCAACGUGGGAAAGAGCGCCCAAGGUGCCGACAGCCCGCCCCCAGUGAGUUACCGCGACGUCCUCAUCCUGUGUCCCAGCGCACGUGACGAUCAGGAGACCAAGGUGGCCUCCCCUUUCAUCCGGGGCCUGCGCAAGAAGGAUCUUCCGGUGCAGGUGGCUGGGGAGGACGCCAGAGAUGACGUGGUGCGUGACGUGGCCCUGGCUGAGCGUGACGUGGUGACCGUCAGCCACUGGCGUAACGUUCACGGUCUGGAGCGCAAGGUGGUGGUGGGCAUGGCCGCGGACGUCAGCGUCUACCACCGCCUCCAGCAGAUGUCGCGCUGCACGGCGCAGCUGGUGUGGAUUUGUAGUGGGGGGCGACACUGCAACCACCUCCACCAUUAGCGCCAGUUGCCAGCCAGUUGCAAGCCAGUUGCCAGACAGUUGCCUUCCAGUUGCCAGACAGUUGCCUUCCAGUUGUCAGACAGUUGCCAGCCAGUUGCCUACCAGUUGCCAGCCAGUUGCCAGCUAGUUGUCAGACAGUUGCCAGCCAGUUUUCAGCCAGUUGCCAGCCCGUUUCCUGCCAGUUGCCUUCCAGUUGCCUGCCAGUUGCCAGCCAGUUGCCUUCCAGUUGCCAGACAGUUGCCAGCCAGUUGCAUCGAUUAGCGUGAGACUGAGUCUGUUGGACUUGUUGGCGAACCUGCGUCCAGUGAGAACCACACAGCAGGUCAAGCAGAUGGCAGACAUGCGCACUAGCAGACAGGAAAUACAGGCAGCCAGACGUCGGACCCCCCAGAUCAGGGGUGGGCAACAUACGGCCCGCGGGCCGGAUCCGGCCCGCGACGGGAUUUUGACUGGCCCGCAGACUGUUUCUGGUCGUACAUGAUAAUGUGGCCCGCGGCCACAUUCUGCCG